AUGCCAGCAGCAGAGAACAAAGUGUUGGCUAGUGCCAAAUUCAUCGCUGAGAACAGUAAAAAUGUGUCUAUCCCUAAAGAAAAUCUGAGCAGUGCAGUCGAGACGAUCUUGAAAAACAUGAAGAUGAGAAAAUAUAGCACUAAAACCUGGAAUGAGCAUCCAUUGCAUCCGAAAACAGCAGAUUGCAGAACUGUCGAUUGGAUUUUUCUAGUAGAUUUGUUGAAUUUUUCCUUUUGGAGUGAUCUAGAUGUCAAAGAUAGGAGCACACCUCAUCCUGAUCGCUAUGCUGUCAACUAUGAAGGCACUUUAUACACGGGAUAUUGGUCGUUAUGUGCAGCCAUCAAUAGAGCAUUGGAUAACGGCAUUCCCAUCACCAAUCCUGCCUAUUAUUUACAGGCUUCCGACGAGAAAUUGGCAGCGAUUUUUAAAUCUGACACCAAAGAGUCGGCUCCGAUGCUUGAUGAGAGAAUUAGAGUCAUGCGAGAGGCUGCUCAAGUCUUGUGUCAAAAAUUUGACGGAUCAUUUGCAAACUGCAUCGCGCAGGCAAACCAAUCCGCUUCUAAAUUGCUGGAUAUCAUUGUGGAUAACUUUGCCUCGUUUAGAGAUAUACAUGAGUUUCACGGCAAAAAAGUUUACAUUUUGAAGCGAGCUCAAAUUUUGAUUGCUGACUUGUGGGCUUGCUUUGAUGGACAAGGCCACGGUGAAUUUAGCGACAUUGAUUCUAUCACCAUGUUUGCAGAUUACAGAGUCCCUCAGGCAUUAUACCAACUCGGAUUGCUUCGUUAUUCGCCUCAAUUGAUCAAGAAACUAGAAAAGCGAGAGUAUUUCCCAUCAGGAUCAGAAGAUGAAGUAGAGAUUCGAGGAAAUUCCAUCUGGGCAGUUGAAUUAGCUAGAGAAGCCAUCCACAAAAUCGACCCUGCUCUCAACAUCAAUGCCAUCUUGAUUGAUUUUUACAUUUGGGAUAUGGCUAAAGAGAUCCAAGAUCAGAUGACUGUACCGACACAUUGCACAAGAAGUUGCUUUUACUGA